AGAAGUAGAUAUAGUUAUUGACUUUUAAAAUGCAGAAACAGUAACUACUAAGAGACUCAGACUAUCGUGUAAUUUCUGCAAUUUCACUAUAAACCAUUUAGUCACGUGAUAAUUUCGUCAUCAGUAUAUCGGUAGAUUACUGAUCGAACCCUGGUGUUAGUUGAUCUUGUUGCUUUUUCAACAAUGUUAAAUUUGACUUUAACAAAAUGGCCAACAAUAGUAUCCUCUCCAACAGCUAAAAUAAUGUUUGCAACAACUUUAAGAAGCAUGACUACCAUUAAAGAAAAUUCGGCAAAUUCAAAAAUACUUUCAAUAGUGCGAAUAUCUCCAUUAUUAAAAGUUAACCAAACUUUAACGUCAAAUUCAAAUUCUAGUGUACAAUACAAUUAUGCAACAUAUUCUGCUUUAACAACAUCAAUUGAGAAAGAACAAGGAGAAGAAAAAAACGAGGGAGAAGUUCUUUUAAAAACGAAUAAUGAGAGGAAUAUAAGUGUAGAAAAUGGGAUGGAUAGUUCAUGGGUAGGUAAUUAUUCAUUGGAUAGAUUGGUAAUUAGGUUUAGGGAAGCAAUUCAAGAAGGAGAUCUGAAAAAACUUAUGAUGACACAUCACACAUUAAUAAAAGAACAAAAAGGACAACAAUGGCAGAAUCGUUUAAAAAAAUCAGAUUAUCAGGAUGCAAUAAGUUUGCUGACUCGUUCUGCAAAUUUCACACAAAAGGCAACUAGUCCACCGCCAUCAUCAACUCAAACUCUAGCCUCAACUACUUCGAUAAUAUAUUCACUUUUUAAUGAUAUGAAAAAGCAAGGUUAUAAACCAGAUACAUCAACCUAUAAUAGACUAAUUUAUUUGAAUUCACUUAAAGGUGAUACUAAAGAAUCAAGAAGAAUCUACAAAAUGAUGCUUGAAGAUAAAAUAGAAUGUACCAUAUAUACAUUUAAUUCGUUAAUAUUGUCAUAUCAAUGGUCAUUAGAUAUUGAAAGUGCAUUAGAAGUAUUAGAGGAAAUGAAAUUGUAUGGAAUUAAACCUAAUACUGUAACAUUUAAUUCUUUAAUUGAUAUAUAUGUUAAGUUAGGUGAUAUUAAUCAAGCUGAACGAAUUUAUGAGAAAAUGAAGAGUAAUUCUACAACUAGGAUGGGGAACAGUUUGGAUAAAUGUGAAGUAAUAGUAGAUAAGUUUACUUUGGAUUGCUUAUUAAGUGGAUAUUUAAAUUAUGGACAUUUGGAUAAAGCAAAAAAUUUAUUUAAAGAUAUUAAAGACAGUGGAAUAGAAUUGGAUACACAUCUUUAUACGAAAAUAUUAAAAAUUUAUUGUUAUGAACCUGGUAACUUGCAAAAAGUACUAAAUUUAUUUAAUCAGAUUAAACAUCAACAACAUAAAGGAAAUAUUAAAUUUGUUAAUACUUUGUUAGAUUACUUGAUUAAAGAAAAAGAGUUUUCUAAUGCUCUAAGGGUAUAUGAGGAAUUAGUAGAUAUUGGGUUUAUUCAUGAUGCAGCUACUCUAGCUUCGAUUAUACCGGCUUAUUAUCAUACUGGAAAUAAUGAUAUUGCUUUUAAAUUAUUUAAUGAAAAAAUGGAUUCUUUUUUAAACAUGCGAAAAUUGUUUUCAUUAUUCUCAAACCUAGGAAAAGAACACUCAAAAAAUUUUUUCAAACAAUUCGCUUCCUCUUCUAGUAUACUUUAUAAUACAUUAAUCACUUAUUUCUUAACCCAAGAUGAUAUAACUAAUGCAUUAGAAAUUUAUUCACAUCUCCUUCAACAAGGGUACUUUUUAAAUAUUUUAAACAUAACAAUAUUAUGCAAAAAAUUAAUAUCACAAGAAAAAAUUAAUGAGGCAUUACAAAUAUAUUAUCAAUCAAAAGAUCAUAAUAUAAUACUAGAUCAACGUGGCUACACAAUACUAAUAGAUUCCUUUUCAAAAAUGACAUAUAUGUCAGAAUCUCAACGUAUAUUUGUUGAUAUGAAAGAAAAAGGUAUAAAACCAAAUUCUUACACAUAUUCUUCAUUAAUUAGAGGAUUUGGAAAAAUUUAUGAUAUACAAGGCGUAAAAAAUAUUCAUCAAUUAAUUAGAAUGGAUUUGAAUCUCGAUCAAUUUGAUAUUGUCAUAUAUAAUUCUUUAAUGGAUGCCUAUAAUAGAUGUGGUUAUGGUUAUAAUGUAUUACAAUUAUGGGAUUCCUUGGUAAUAUCUUCUAAAGAAAGUGAUUUAUUAGUUAAUAAUGCUACCGUAUCGAUUGUUUUGGAUUCUUGUGGUUUUAAUAAACAAUUAUUUAGAUUAAAUCAAAUUUGGUAUGAUUUAAAAAAGAAGAAUUUUAAUUUAAAUCAAAAUAAUUAUGCUUCAUACCUUGAAGCUUUAGCCAGAAAUCAAAAAUUUAAUGAAGCAAAAAAUGUUUUAAUGUCUGAAAUGAUUGAUGAUGGUAUACAACCUAAUUCUAAAAUAAUUAGAACUUUAUUAAAUUUCUUGCAUGAUCAUUCUAAAAAUAGAGAUCAAUAUGAAAUUAUUAAUUGGGUUAGAACCAAUUUUCCUUUUUUAGCUAAGGAAUUAAAUUUAGUUAAUAAAAAAAAUAAUAAAAAUAUAACUAAAGGUAUAUCUGAAAAAGAUUAA